AUGUCCUUCAACAACGGUGCAAAUCCACAAGGAGGCUUCGGAUUCUACCAGCCAUCACCGCAGUUCCAGAUGCCACAGGGCUCAAUGAACUUCGCGCAACAACCAGCGACACAGGCGUUUUCGCAGGACCCCCUCCCCCCAGGCCUGCUGAAUGCCUUGUCAACCAAAGGGUAUCCCCACGAACUCCCCCUUCUCGAGGAGAUAGGAAUCAAUUUCAGCCAUAUUCUGACCAAGACCAAAAACGUUUUGCAGCCAUUGAGACGGUCAGACUCGCUGCCUCUGGAGAUCAUAUCUGACUGCGACCUCGCAGGGCCGCUUAUAUUCUGUCUUCUUUUUGGAACACUACUACUAGCCGCAGGAAAGGUUCAUUUCGGGUACAUCUACGGAGUCGCACUUUUUGGCACUAUUUCAUUACACACACUCCUCCGUCUCAUGGGCAAUGAGGACAACAAAGCCCAACCACAACAACUUUUCCUAAGAACAGCCUCUAUCCUAGGAUAUUGCUUCCUCCCUCUAUGCCUCUUGUCGCUGGUAGGCGUUUUCUUCCCUCUCAACAACAUGAUGGGCUACGCGCUGGCACUUAUCUUUGUGUGCUGGUGCACAUGGUCCUCCUCUGGAUUUUUCACCGCUGUACUACAACUUAAAAAUGCUAGGGUUUUGAUCGCGUACCCGCUCUCCAUCUUCUACAGUGUGUUCGCCCUCAUGGCUAUAUUUGUGUAG